CCGCGGCUCCGCGCCAUGGCCGUGCACUACUGCGGGCUGUGCCGCCGCACGGCCUUCACGGGCCGCCGGCACCGCUACAGCGCGGGGCACCGCCGUCGCCUGCGGGACGCGCUGGUCCGGCUGCAGGAGGCGGCGGCGGCGGCGCGGGCGGCGGCGGCCGAUGUGGGCUCUGCCGUGCGGCCCUACGACCCGGCGGAGCACGACGGGCGCGUCUGGUGCCCGUGUUGCGGGCGCGGCGUGCGGCGGGACGGGCGGCGCGGGGGGCUGGCGCUGCCGCAGGCCGGGCUGCUGCGGCAUCUGGCCGGGCCCGAGCACCGGCGGGAGACGGCGCGGUUCUGGCGGGAGAACCGGGCGGAGGCGGCGCUGCGGGAGCGGUGCCUGGUGCCGACCGAGGAGUACGAGCAGUUCGCGCGGGCGCUGGAGCGGGCGCUGGCCGAGCACCAGCAGCGGGAGGAGGAGCGGAUCCGCCAGAUGGCGGCCGACAUCCGGGAGGCCGAGCGCCGGCAGCGGGAGACGGUGCAGGCGGCGCUCCAGCUUCAAACAGAGGCAGAACGUUGUGCAGGACCUUCUGUCUGCAGCCCCCCCGCAGGACCUGAACGGGACACCUCUCACGAUGCAGAGCAGCCCGGCCUGAGCGGGACGCAGACAGGACCUGACUUAUCCUGGAUGGAAGCAGGACAGGCUCUGACCUUCAUUGGCCACCAGGAAACAGAAGGAAAAGGAAAUGUCCACACAGGAGCAAAACCUCCAUGGCUAACAGAAGAAGAGGAUGGAACCAAACAAGAGAUUGGACCUUCCUAUGAGGAAUUUCUCAGACAAAAGGAGAAGCAGAAGCUGAAAAAGCUCCCAGCGGAACGUGUUGGUGCCAACUUUGACCAUACCUCUCAGACAAGCGACAGCUGGCUUCCUUCCUUCGGGCGGGUUUGGAAUCACGGCAGGAGGUGGCAAUCCAGGCACCAGUUUAGAACUGAAUCAGGGGAAAAGAAGAAAAGGUGAUCAGAUGAAAAACACCAAAGAUGCAGCUUUGUUGUGGAAAGCUGGACUGUAGGUAGCUGUGCUUGGUCCCCUGAAGGCAAGGUGACCUCAGUACUGUUACAUGUCCUGCCAGUAAGGACAGGCUACUGCAGAUGCUGUAUCUUCAUUAUCAGAAAGCCUGUUUUAUACAAGUGCUGCCAGUGGCCUACGCUGACAUGGAGCAUGACAUCCCAUUAACGAAUUUUUUGAGAAAUAAAAGUGUUUUUUUAAAAUGUC